GACCUUGUCGCCGGGGCGCCCCUGCACAGCCCGGAGUGGAGCGAGGAGCGCUUCCGCGUGGACAGGAAGAAACUUGAGGCCAUGUUACAAGCUGCUGCCGAAGGAAAAGGCAAAAGUGGGGAAGACUUUUUUCAAAAGAUCAUGGAGGAAACAAAUACACAGAUUGCUUGGCCGUCAAAGCUGAAGAUCGGAGCCAAAUCCAAGAAAGAUCCCCAUAUUAAGGUUUCUGGAAAGAAAGAAGAUGUUAAGGAAGCCAAGGAAAUGAUCAUGUCUGUCUUAGACACAAAAAGCAAUCGGGUCACCUUGAAGAUGGACGUUUCGCAUACAGAACAUUCCCAUGUAAUCGGCAAAGGUGGCAACAACAUUAAAAAGGUGAUGGAAGAAACAGGAUGCCACAUCCACUUUCCAGAUUCCAACAGGAAUAACCAAGCAGAAAAAAGCAACCAGGUUUCCAUAGCAGGACAGCCGGCAGGAGUCGAGUCUGCCCGAGUGAGAAUUCGGGAGCUGCUUCCUUUGGUGCUGAUGUUUGAGCUGCCGAUUGCUGGAAUUCUUCAGCCGGUUCCCGAUCCUAAUUCCCCCUCCAUCCAGCACAUAUCACAAACAUACAACAUUUCAGUGUCCUUUAAACAGCGCUCCCGAAUGUAUGGUGCUACUGUCAUAGUCCGAGGGUCUCAGAAUAACACUAGCGCUGUGAAGGAAGGAACUGCCAUGCUGUUGGAACAUCUUGCCGGGAGCUUGGCGUCUGCUAUUCCCGUGAGCACACAGCUCGAUAUCGCAGCUCAGCAUCAUCUCUUCAUGAUGGGUCGAAAUGGAAGCAACAUCAAACAUAUCAUGCAGAGAACGGGUGCUCAGAUCCACUUUCCCGACCCCAGUAAUCCACAAAAGAAAUCCACCGUCUACCUCCAGGGCACCAUUGAGUCUGUCUGUCUUGCAAGGCAAUAUCUCAUGGGUUGUCUUCCUCUUGUGUUGAUGUUUGAUAUGAAGGAAGAAAUUGAAGUUGACCCACAGUUUAUUGCUCAGUUGAUGGAACAGCUGGAUGUCUUCGUUAGUAUUAAACCGAAGCCGAAACAGCCGAGCAAGUCUGUGAUUGUGAAAAGUGUUGAACGAAAUGCCUUAAAUAUGUAUGAAGCAAGGAAAUGUCUCCUCGGACUUGAAAGCAGUGGGGUUACCAUAGCAACCAGUCCGUCCCCAGCAUCGUGCCCCGCCGGCCUGGCCUGUCCCAGCCUGGAUAUCUUAGCCUCGGCAGGCCUCGGACUCACUGGACUAGGUCUCUUGGGCCCCACCACCUUAUCUCUAAACACUUCGACAACCCCGAACUCACUCUUGAAUGCGCUUAAUAGCUCCGUCAGUCCUUUGCAGAGUCCAAGUUCUGGCACCCCCAGCCCCACGUUGUGGGCACCCCCACUUGCUAAUACUUCAAGUGCCACAGGCUUUUCUGCCGUACCACACCUUAUGAUUCCAUCUACUGCCCAAGCCACGUUAACCAAUAUCCUGUUGUCCGGAGUGCCCGCCUAUGGGCACACAGCCCCCUCCCCCCCUCCCGGCUUGACUCCUGUCGAUGUGCACAUCAGCAGUAUGCAGACAGAAGGCAAAAAAAUCUCUGCUGCUUUAAAUGGACACGCGCAGCCUCCGAACAUAAAAUAUGGUGUAAUAUCCACUUCAUCGCUUGGAGAGAAAGUGCUGAGUGCAAAUCAUGGUGACCCGUCCAGACAGACAAGUGGAUCGGAGCAGGUGUCUCCCAAACCAAAUCCUGCCGAAGGCGGUAACGAUGCUUUUGUGGAAGUAGGCAUGCCGCGGAGUCCUUCCCACUCGGGGAACACGGGCGACCUGAAGCAGAUGAUGGGUCCCUCCACGGUUUCCUGUGCCAAGAGGCAGACGGUGGAGCUCUUGCGCGGCACGAAGAACUCCCACUUACACAGCACUGACCGGCUGCUCUCAGACCCAGAACUGAGCCCUGCAGAGAGCCCUCUGGCUGACAAGAAGGCUCCAGGGAGCGAGCGAGCUGCAGAGAGGGCCGCAGCCGCCCAGCAGAACUCUGAAAGGGCCCGCCUGGCCUCCAGGCCGUCAUAUGUCAACAUGCAGGCAUUUGACUAUGAACAAAAGAAGCUAUUAGCAACCAAAGCUAUGUUAAAGAAACCAGUGGUGACGGAGGUCAGAACACCUACAAACACCUGGAGCGGCCUCGGGUUUUCUAAAUCCAUGCCAGCCGAGACCAUCAAGGAGCUGAGAAGGGCCAACCACGUGUCCUAUAAGCCCACAAUGACAACCACUUUUGAGGGCUCAUCGGUGUCCCUCUCGAGGUCCAACAGCCGUGAGCACUUGGGAAGCGGAAGCGAAUCCGAUAACUGGAGAGACCGAAAUGGAAUAGGACCUGCCAGCCAUAAUGAAUUUGCAGCUUCUAUUGGCAGCCCCAAGCGUAAACAAAACAAAUCAACGGAACACUAUCUCAGCAGCAGCAAUUACAUGGACUGCAUUUCCUCGCUGACAGGAAGCAAUGGCUGUAACCUAAACAGCUCUUUCAAAGGCUCUGACCUCCCCGAGCUCUUCAGCAAACUGGGUCUGGGCAAAUACACAGACGUCUUCCAGCAGCAAGAGAUCGAUCUUCAGACAUUCCUCACUCUCACAGAUCAGGAUCUGAAGGAGCUGGGAAUUACGACUUUUGGUGCCAGGAGGAAAAUGCUGCUUGCAAUCUCAGUUUGUGACUCUGUUCAGAUCCGCAACAAGAUCCUGAGAGCUGCCAGGAUUGUGUGACCCUUGGAAUUU